AUGUCAGGAGAAGUGAAGCGACAGCUGACCUUGGCUAUAGUGGCCGUCGUCGCCUUUUGGCCGUACCCCAGGUCCUCGUACGACGAGGAUAAUUACGCCAAAGUUGUCGCGAUUCCCGGGGCAGUUCGCAAGACACUGGACGACGCACCCGGGGGCGGGGAGAUGGUCACCUUCGAAAGGCCAGAUGGGACGUUUUUUCAUGUUGUGUAUGGCCAGAGGGAGCGGGAGGUUGAGGCGAAGACGCCCCCGACAGCGACACACGAUUCGCAGGAUCCCUUCAAUACACCAUUUGAGAAACUGCGGAAGGGGCAGUUCCAGAGGUAUCGCGAUUGA